AUGUCCCACGAUGCGAGCAUGGAUUCGAGUCAUCGCUCUGCUGCACAGUCCGCCACAGGGAACAAAACACUGCCACAGGAGUCUCUAUCCGACCAGUCGUGCUCUUCUGUGCACAACACUUUGCUCAGCAACAAUGAGUCUGACACCCCACAGGUUCAUCCCAAAUCCAAUCCAGUUCAUCCUAUGGCAAGAUAUGAUCCAUACAUUCGAGCCGAUAUCAGCAGCCGCGUGUUCAUGCCUGCAGAUGAUUUUUUCACCCAAAUUCUCCAUCUUCCUCACGACUGGCACACUAAUAACGAGAUUCAAUCUCUUAUUGCGACCAUCAAAAAUGAUGCUACAUUCAGAACACACGUCAAGACCUACGUCGAACAAUGCAAUCCCAAGUCUGGAGAUAAGACUUCUCAUCCUGACGGGCUGAUGUUUGAUUGUGCGUUCGAUGUUCUAGGUGUCACUGAAAAGGACUGUGGACUGGGCCUUGAUGCGAAACCGGUCGACAGUGGCUCUCAAGAUAUCCCUGAUAGCUGGAGCGUUCUUCGUUCGAUGCUUAGUUCAGGAAACUUGUUUGAUGCUAUCCAGGAUAAUGGACCUGGGAAUAAAGUGUCGUGGGUUCAAAGUAUGCGUUGUCAGGAAUUCAAGCCCGAUGAGUGUUAUCUUGACGAAGGAUCUGAUGCUAUCUAUCGCGUUCUUAUGCCUAACGACAAGGGUCCCCGAGUAAAAGUGCGACGUAACCUAUCUUGCAUCGAGACCCUAGGGGUUAUCUUGUGCUCCUACUCCUCCGGCUCUAGCUCAGGGUCAGACGGCGACGACCUUUCUCGUGUCCGUUCCAAACUUCCCCGCACUGGCGUGGCUCGUGACGUCGUGGCCACCAGGAAGGCAGCAGCACUUUCGGAAGAGGAAGAAGCGCAACGGGAAGAAAUAGCAAAGGCCCGCCGAAACAUACAACUCCAGUGUGGUCGUUACGCCCUCGAAAUUCUGUCUGGUGCCGACAUUCGAACACACUGUAUUGGUGCACUGGAGGGUACUGACGUUACGGACGCGUUCGUGGCAAUGCCCAUCGGAUUGGGUCGCCUUUCUCUCAAGCAGCGAGGCAUCCAAGAACAAUUUUACAACGACAAGGUGCUCAUCGAGAAUUACAUGAAUAGAUGUGGUGAUCCCGACGCCGUCUUUGUUGGAGUAACGCUCAGGUUGGUUAAAGGGGAUGAAAAAGUUGAGGUCACCCUUGGCUGGAUUAUAUCGCGCCAUCCUAGCAUCGUCGGUCGGGACACUUGCGUAGUCAAGGCCACAUCGGAGCAUGAGGAGUGGAAGGGUAAACAACUGAUUGUCAAGAUCAAUUUCAUUGGGAAAGCUCAAGAGAAGGCUCGAAAUAUGACGCAAGGCAAAAGGCCAGACUGGGCCCUAGAUCACUUGCCGGACAUUCUCCUCUCUCAAGACUUUGGCUACGACGCGAAGUCUCCUCAGGCGAACCUGGCGGAUUUCUUUGCAAAGACCAUGUUUGCAGACAAGAAAUUUGAGUACGAGGGACACGCCUCAAGAGUAUGCUCAGGUCUUCUUCGACAUUUUGCACAGGAUAUUAGCAAAGGCAACAUUAUGUGGCGCCGGACCAUCGAUGGCUAUCUACGCGGGGUCCUUAACGAUUUCGAUUUCUCCUCCUUCCGAGACGACACCACUUCCUUGCUUCAGCGUGUCGGCACUCGACCUUACACGGCGUAUGAACUCUUCGAUAAGAAGUAUGUCGAGGAUCCACCGCCUACUAAACACCUUUAUCGUCACGAUGUGGAAUCCAUUUUCUACGUCAUCUUUGUUGUCGUUACCAGCUCGACACUACACAGGAAUCUUCCGAAUGUGCGAUUCCAUCCAACAGUAAAUAGCGGCUUUGCCGAUUUUCAGCCUUGGAUGAUCCGAUCACUGGUCUUCACCUUCAGUUCAGGCGGGGGUUUCUUUUCGCGAUGCGACAUGAUUUACGCCAAGAAGAUCGAGAAGAGGAAGGAUUAGCUAGGGAGCCCUUUGACGAUGAAACUCUACAAGACCGUGUUUCUUAGUCCUCGUCGAUAUCUGUAGUAAAUUUGCCGGUUCCACUCUUGUAGUACACAAUGACCAGCUCGAAGCUAGUGCCUAGUGCUAAGUAGUAUUUGCUCUCAACUCAUGCUUGUAGCCUUUAUCUUUUAUUUUUGCGAUUUCGGUGAUGGAAAAUGAAAA